GGCCUGCCGGUCGCCAUAGCUACCCGACGUCCUCUUCGCCCUUCUCCGCCCUUCUCCGCCUUUGUUUUUAGUUCUGUUCUCCUUCUGCAACGUGCGCUGCAUUCGGCGUGCGCAAGAAAACAAGCCACAGUUGGAUACCACACCGGGUACGUCUUGUCAAAUCGUCGAUCGGACGAUCAAAAACCGCGUUCAUAAUAAAAAUCGGUAAAAAAUAUUUUUAAAAUUUAAAAAUAAUUAAUUUAAAAUUGUAAGUAAAUUUAAUUUGUUUGAAUAUUUAAUUUUGAAUCGUUAACGUUCGCGUUUUAAUUCCCCGGAGGCCAUAAUUGAGUCGGGAUCGGUUAUAAAACCUGAUAUGAAGUAUCAAGCUUUUGUGUGAAUAUUUCUAGUGGGGCUAUCUGCAAAUUAGUUUGUAUGUGACAACUAAAGUCUUAUGCAAAUAGCGAUGUGAAAUCUGUGCAAGACAAAGGAAUUAUUAAAUAUUUUAACUGAUAAUAAAUGUUGUUAAUAUACUACUGUGUAUGUGCAAAUAAUAAUUACAACGUAUCUAAAAAUAAGUGAUAUCUUUUGUCGCAUUGGAUAGACAGAAUGCGUAUUUCUUGUUAAACGACAGUGUGGUUACUUUGAAGGAUGUGAUAACUUCUAUCUUGUAAAUUUUUCGAAUAGUGUUAAAGUUGUUUUUACGAUGGAUAAUCCAGCUGUUUAAGUAAUCAGAUUCGAUGGCGCAUAUUUAAGACAGAAAUACAGGACGAAGGGUCAGGAUAAAUUUUAUCAAGGAUUAUUUGAGGGAUCCUACGAGGAGAUUAUUGAAGAUACGAAAUAAUUUAAAAUAAAUAAAAUACCUUAAAUUGAGAUAAAAUAUAUAAGAACUUAACUUUUGGCAAAAAUUAUAUCCUUAAAAAUACUCUAACUGAAUACUCUAACAUGCCAGAUAUUAUCAAAGCUGGUAUAAGGCCCUUAAAAAAUCAUAAGGGCUGGUGAUAUUUUAGUCUUCCAAAUUAUUACGAUGUAUAUAAUCGCGACUAGAAUUAGGUGACAGUUUUAUUUUGAAUGUAUUGUGUGUGAAUUUUGAAUUGUGAAGAAGACGAAGAAUGGGUAAUACUACAACUCACGAACCUCUGGAAGGCAGAUUUACCAGGGGCGGACUUGCUGCUAAUCAUAAUGGAACGCAAAGCGGCGGCCAGCAAGGCCAGUCGGCGGGCAGCGGUCAGCAGAAGUCGGCGCGCAGUUCGCUGCGUCAGUCGCGCUCUUCGCCGCGCAGGAUGGACCGGCUAAGGCGCAGCUUUCGCGACUCCUUCCGCAGGCGCAAAGAUCGCGUACCGGAAAGCAGUAAACCGCAUCAGUGGCAAGCAGAUGAAUCUGCUGUACGUGCUGGAACAUGUACAUUUGCAGUCAAAUAUUUGGGAUGCGUCGAAGUUUUCGAAUCGCGUGGAAUGCAAGUUUGUGAAGAGGCUCUUAAAGUAUUAAGGAACUCCAGACGAAGAGCAGUCCGAGCAGUUCUGCAUGUGAGCGGUGAUGGUCUUCGUGUCGUGGAAGACGACACAAAAGGGCUGAUUGUUGAUCAAACAAUUGAAAAAGUCAGCUUUUGUGCCCCAGACAGAAAUCAUGAACGAGGAUUCAGUUACAUAUGCCGCGAUGGAACUACACGGCGCUGGAUGUGCCACGGUUUCUUGGCGAUGAAGGAAAGUGGCGAACGGCUGUCCCAUGCGGUCGGCUGCGCUUUCGCCGCCUGUUUGGAACGAAAACAGAGGCGUGACAAGCAGUGCGACGUCACAAUGACGUUCGAUCAUAAAAAUAAUACAUUCACCCGCAGCGGCUCUUUCCGACAACCCAGCCUCACGGAAAGACUGGUAGGAGAAUCGUCCAGCAGCGCAAUUACCCAAAACGUGAUUCCUGUGAAACCAUUCAAUCCAUUUGCGAUCGAACGACCUCAUGCCACUCCGAGCAUGCUGGAAAGACAAGGAUCCUUCCGUGGGUUCGAUCAGCUGAGCAACAAUUCACCAUUCAAGCGCCAAAUGUCGUUGAGAAUCAACGAGCUUCCGUCUAACGCUGAACGUCAACGUGCUUAUUUGGAUAUUACGACACCAGUAAGACCGGCUGUUUCUCCGAUACCAGAAGUGUCGCCGGCGGAAUCUGUUAGUCAGAUGUGUCAACAGCUCAGUAUGGGGUUAUCUUUACUCACUCACAGUACUUCAGACGAUUUCAAUUUCAACAAACAAUCGUCUGUGAACCAGAAUUCGGUACCAAUAAAAUCGCCACAAGAGGAGAGUCCUCGCAAGUCGGCGUUUGGUGCCGUAACUCCGAUUACCACUGCGGCUACUACCAUCAAUGAAGUCGCAGCACCAGUUGCUGCUGAAGGUUUACCAAAACCAGAGCAAUGGCUUGGGCAGGUUGUGAAUUCUACGAUAGUGUCCCCCAAACAAACCCCCGUAGCCGCUGUUAGUCCCCGCCGAGCUUCCGGACCUAUUCGCGCGCGUUCUCUGUGCACAUCAGAUGGUUACCCACGUUCACCUGAUGAUCCGUUUGAUGCGGAAUGGGCGGCCAAUUUGGCUAUCAGGCAAAAUACCUCGCCUACUAAAGUUCCGACUACAACAUCUACAAAUCCUUUUCUAUCCGGCAAUUCUCCACAAGCAUUUCAAGUGCAGUUGUAAAUUUACUACUAUUUUUAUAGAAACUUGUUUUGUAAAUAGUUUUCUAAACGAUUACGCGGGAUCAUUUUUCAAUCCCAUAUUCAUGAAA